AUGCCCUUUCCGUUGACCGCUUAUUUGAAUCUGUGCCGUUUAGCUACCACAAAAGAGGAGCCAGUGAGUAUAAUAUUCGAAGAUAAGGAAGUGGAAAAAACACCUCUUGGUGAUGCAAUCGAUGCUUUGAUGGUUCGCUGGGCGCAACUUCUUUCAAACGUCUCUUCUCGUGCACCGGUUCCUGCUCCAUCGACCAUUGAUCAUGUCAAAGAAGUGGUUGAAAUAUCGAUGUAUCAUUUCCGUGAUUCUUGCUUGGAUGUGUGCUCUGAAUUUACAAAAAUAGAUUUGCAAUGGCAACUCGAUCAUCCAGAAGAGGUUUAUGAGGAUGAGUUAAAAGGCCUAGAUGAUGCCCUUAUUCGCCAAGAAACUUUACUCGCUCGAGCUCAUGGAAUUCUGGACAGGCGAUGCAAGGAAUUCUUUGUAUGA